CGAGCGCAAUAUAACGGAGUCGGCGUCAACAGCGCGCUAUUCCUCUCGCCGCGCCGCCGCCGCAAUGUCGCCGCUCGCCUGCUCGCUGCUCGUGCUCGCUGUGCUGAUCGCCGCCACCGACGCCUUGAUAGCAAAUCCUUUUUGUAGCUUCCUGGAAUUGGGUGAAACUGACGGCUAUCCAGAAGAUAAUUAUGUGGAUUUUACGCUAACCGGUGCUGAUGGCUCCCUCACUAUUCCUGAUAAAUGUACCAGGCCAGGAAACAAGUUAAUCGGCGAGUCUAUCAGCGUAUGUAAUACGCCCAACUCUAAGCCAAAAAUCAGACAAGCAUUGCAGUCGGAUUAUGACUUCGCACCGAAUUUCGGCAAAGUUUUCAUCUCAUGUCCUAUCGAAAUCCCUGGCUGUGACCGUCUCCAGGUUGAGGUAAUGCAGUUUUGCGGAAUGGUGACUGCACCUAAUUGAGUAUUUGAGUGACGGUCAUGAUAAUGUGAUAAGAAUCUAAUUCUUUUCAAUGAUCAUAAAAUAAACCGCAACAUGUAACGAGUA